AUGCCGUUAUACAAAGAAGAAAACUUCUUGAUUGUGCAUCCCGGGUCACAACACACAAUCUUCUCAUUUGGAUUGCAAAAUUCGCUCUCACCACCACAAUACAAGAUCCCCUCCGUGGUGUAUCAAGAUGCCACUACCAAAGAUUACAAGUCCAAGAGACAGACCGAUCAAGAUAUAGAGAUACAUCCAAUCAAGGCGUCAAGGAUAAUUGACUUGGAUGCGUUCAAUUACUUGCUCAAGAUAAUUUUACAAAGCGUGAUUACCAACCAUCCAAUUGUGACCAUCAAUCAAAUUCCGUUGUUGUUGAUUGUUCCUUCUUUGGGAUGGUCCACUAAUAUAGAAUACAUCACCAAGUACGUGAUUGAAACCUUGGAGUUCACUGCGUUCAAUAUCAUUGAUUUGUCCUUGGCAUCUACGUUUGGCACGGGCUCCUCGACCAAUUCCGUCGUGGUCAAUGUUGGCUAUGAAAGUAUUCAAAUCGUGCCGGUUGUCGGGUAUCAAAGUAUAAAGUUUGCCGGGAAGUUCUUGCAUAAUGUCGGUGGGAAAACCUUGAACGAAGAGAUUAAACGGAUUUUACCAAGUUUCACUGAGCAACAGGUGGAAGACUUGAAGUGUUCGGGUAUUUACGAAGUUUUGAAUGAAAAGGACGGGAACUUCUACUCAUGGCAGGAUUUACAGGAGAAUGGGGACGAAGGGGAUAAAUUCGACGUGGCUAAGAUUGUAACUAAGGACAAUGGUCCUGUUGUCGCCCAACUCACUGAUGAAGACGGGGAGGAAAAACCAAAUAAGGAAUUAGAAACUAAUCAUUUCACCGAUUCCGUCACCGGCGAGAAGAUAUCUGUCGGUAAGGAAAGAUUCCAAGGUGCCAACAAGUUGAUUGACAUUAUCAGUCGAGAAAUAUACGCUUCUUUGAACUCUAUUCCUGAUAUUGACAAGAGACAAGACUGCUACGAUAAUAUAAUUCUCGUUGGGUCGACCUUCUCUAUUCCCGGAUUGAAAGAAGCAGUAUUGAUUAAGCUAAAUCAAGAUUAUUUAGUCAGAGAUCCCGAUAGCCAUACUACUGGAGCUGCCUAUGGCGAUGGGGUUAGUUCUGCCAUUAUGAAGUACCAACAAACCGACGAACAAGUAGAUGGAGACGUAGGUUCAGCUAUUAGCCAAGUGCCAAACUCAAUUAAAAUGGCCAAGUAUCCUGAUUACUUUCCUGAAUGGAAGAAGCCCAAGGAAAAAGGUGGAUCAUGGCAAGAUGUUUACUUUUUAGGAGGGGAGAUCUACGGUAAGCAAAUUUUUUCUACUUCCAGUAGUCAUGGAAGAGAGUUGUUUGUCGGUAGUGAUUUAUAUGAAGAAAGAGGUCCGCAAAGUAUUUGGGAUGUCAGUAUAUAG